AUGGCUGGAGAAAAUGAGAUGUUUGCAUCUGAAUUUUUUCUCCAGGGCUUCACCACCCAAGCAGAUCUGCAGGUGAUGUUUUUUGUCUUGUUCCUUGCCCUCUACGUGGUCACUCUCCCAGGAAAUCUUGGAGCCAUUGUGUUGAUCCGGAUCGAUCCGCGCCUCUGCAUCCCCAUGUGCUUCUUCCUGAGCCACGUGUCCCUGCUGGAUAUCUGCUGCUCCUCCACCAUCAUCCCCCGGAGCCUGAGGAAUGUUUUGGUGGAGAAGGAGUUGAUUUCCUUUGCGAGAUGUGUCACCCAGCUCUUCUCCUUCGCCACCUGGGCCACCACUGAGUGCCAUGUGCUGGCCACCAUGGCCUACCACCGCUACGUGGCCACCUGCAGGCCCCUGCUCUACUCUGUGCCCAUGUCCCAGAGGAUUUGCAUGGGGAUGUUGGCUGGAGGGCUCAGCUCCACUCUUCACACCAUCUCCAUGCUCCAUGUCCUGUUCUGUCACUCCUGGCCCAUCAAGCACUUGGUUUGUGACAGGCCCUCCUGCUCCGACACCCACUCCAGCAAGGCUGUGGUGGCUGCCAUGUUGGGGUUCAAUGUGCUGAGCACCACGGCUCAUAGAUCCAUCCUGGUGUCCUCUCUGUCUGUCCUGGCUGGCCUUUGGAUCUGCUCGGCAGCCAGGCAGCACGAGGCCUCGUCCACCUGCGCCUCCCACCCGGCCUCCAUUGCUCUGAGCCACGGCAGCUCCACCCUCAGACCGGCGCCCGUCUCCAGCCACUCCCGAGAGGACAAGCUCAUCUCCCUGGGGUAUUCCACCACUGCCCCCAUGCGCCGCAACGCAGACUUGAGGAACGCUGUGAGGAAAGCAAAAAGUUGGAUCCUUGCUGCCAUCCAUGGCUCCCAGUCAGCUGAAAGGAGAGGACAGCCCCGCUGCAGCGAGGAGUGUUAG